CCACUAAUGUCAGCCAGCCCUAUCAAGAUGCUAGUCUCUAACCAAAUUAAUAAAGAAGAAACGCAGUCAGAGAAACUUUCCUUAUCUGACAAACAAAUCACCUCUACAUUAGAGAAUGAUUCCUUCUUCUAUGAUGACGACCUUAGAGUGGAAGACGAGUGUACCCAGAAGCAUUCAAUCUGUACUUCAAACUUUAACACCUCCUCAAAGUUGAUCAAUGAAAAAGGAAAGCUCAAAGAGUUUUAUGAGACCAUUAACCCUCUCUGCUCUGGUUCAGAAGGUGUAAAACCACCUCCUGGUGUAUUUUUAAAAAAUCCAGAGCCUCUCUUUGCUUUCAGAAGAAAACAAACCUACAACAAGAGCGAUUGUGAAGCUGAAGGCAGCGAAGCUGACUUCAGCAACAUUUACAGCCUAAGUGAUUCUUCAGAUUCAGAAAGCUUAAGCCUGGGCACCUUCAGGAGCAAUUUGCUGUCUGAGAAUUAAGCAUGAUCCAUUG